AUGGCCUUCUUAGUUGUCUAUCCGGCCGUGGCUAUGCUUGCCAUGUUCAUUGUCAUUGUCAUCAUGCUUAUUCUGAGAUGUGGAGGUCGCGUUGGUCUGCGUCAUCAUGCUCUACCGGAUAGAAACGAGCUGGAGGAGCAUACCUACGACCAGAAAGUUAGCUUUGCCUGAUUUUAUGUUUGUAUGUGUUCAUAUACUGAGAAGUAGAUCGAAGGCUAAGAUGGAUGUUCGAUUGAUGACGGAAGAAACACCAAAUGCCUUAAAAUACUAACUCCUUAUAGUCUAUAGCAGGUUUUUAACAGUUAGCACUCGUACGUAUGUGUACCAUAGCAGACCCUAGCCUACAAUCUGACUACAGUCAAAGAAUCUCAACCAUUUCGUAAAUUUUUAUCCUGGUCUAAGUAAUCAGACAAAACAUAAACGUCACUCGAAUGUCUAAACUAUGUCGGCAAACAUAACAACCGGAAUCUUAUGAUCAUAAAUUUUUAAUCGCGCAAGCAACCAUCAUUCCUAAAUGUUGCAUUUUGCAAUUUUUCCAGGGCAAUCAUAAAUGAAACGAAUUCCAUCCAAUUUUGACUAUAAAUCUUUUUAAAACACAUACACUUUUAGUCUAUCUCUAUUUUUGAUAUAUUUUAAGAUUUUAUGUUUUAAUGAUUAAGCAAUAAACAUUGACAUUCCGUAGAAAAAUAAAAUUGUAAUUUAAAUCGUUGUGAGAAUGUAUAUUUGUUAAAGCCACGUUCACGUGGGUAUUAUGAACAGAUUCCAUAGAAUUGAAAAACAUUGCACCUUCACGAUUGGUAAAGGUAAUUAUCAUAAUAAUUAUGUAGGAGAGAUACAAACAAGAAAAAUAAUCGCAACACAGACCAUCACGGGUUGGUACAUUCCUACUGAUGCAGAUUUAAAUAAAAUCCUUCAUCAUCGUAACUACAACGUGAGGGUUGCAAUCCUGCAAACAAGCAAUGUUCAUUUCGACCGAAAAAAAACCAAUCAAGAAAUAAAUUAUGCAACGAUUUAAAUUCCAGGUAA